CUUUCCUAACCCAUUACCAAUAUCUCUAUCUGUAUUUCUCACUCUCCUCUGGCAGCAGACUCCCCCUCUUCCCAAUAUUCUCCCCUCCCUGCUGUAUAGCCAUGUGGAUGGUGGCUGAGGGCACUGAGUGAUCCCCCACCCACCCGUCUAGGGGCAGGGAAGGCCAGUGAAAGAGGCCCUGAGGCCAGACCAGCAGACAGUAUAUACCUAGUGCCUGCACUAUCCCAGUCUAAAACACAGAAGACUUCACACUGAAAGAAACUACAGCACACAGAGGUUUGUUCUUGGUGCCUGAAUGACACAACUCUACAUACAGUCGGGUAAGGGAACCCACUGUUACUGCGUAAAGACGUUGACUGUAGGUGACCUCAAUAAUGUCUAAAGAGGAAGAAGGAGCUUGCAAGCUGAGCUCUGCCUGUAAGCAUAAGGAACGCAAGCCUAAAAAACCUCAUUAUAUCCCUCGACCAUGGGGAAAACCGUAUAAUUACAAGUGCUUUCAGUGUCCUUUUACCUGCAUGGAGAAGUCCCACCUCUAUAACCACAUGAAGUACAGCUUGUGCAAGAAUUCCCUGUCUCUCCUAAUAGAGUCAGACUGGCCUUACAAGAAGAACAAUUUCCUCAUCCCGGAAAUGCAUCUUCUACAGGAACCACAGUCAGAGAGUACUGUCGACAGGCAAGUGAUGUGCGAUUCUACUGGCUCAAAUACCUCCAAGGCUAAACAGACAAGGGAGAAGGGUCCAUCUGAGGUGCAGAGAUUCAUGGACGAAGACGAUGAGAGGGAGGAGGAAGAAGAGGAAGCAACGGGUCAGAGCCAAAAGGAUAAGAACAGGGGCUUGCGGCCUGUGCAGGGAAGUCCAAAUAAGACUGAAACCCACAUAUCAGUGACAGGGUUAAAGGGCAAGAGAGAAAGGCCGAGCAAAGAAGGGGAUCCUGAGUUCAUUAUAACAGAUGUCUUCUCCUUAGAAGGGCAGUUUGAGAAAGAACGAGAGGAGCAGAGAUUUGUGAAAGGUUCCAGGAAAGCUCCUAGCAAUUUGGGAGGUUCUCGGGCUGAGCAGUGGAAACUUCUAAAUAGUACGCUCAAGAAAGGGACAACAGAGGUACCAACUGGAGCUAAUAUCAUCCCAUGUUAUCCACCACCGACAUACACAGAAUAUCAGGAACCACAGGGCCUCUCACUACUAGGUAUCAACUACCCACUGAACACUAACCUGUUUUCUUACUUAAACCCCGCUGUGAGCACUGGUACAGCACAGCUCCCCUUUCUAGCAUCUACAGCCCAGCUCAUGCAACCUACCCACUCCUCGCACUUCCAGACUCUGCAAAGCCCUGAGCGAUCAUUUCUCCCCCGCUUCUACUAUCCUCUGCUUUUUGAACAUGCAUUUAACAAUACAGAGGGGAAAUUGGUUGCUGGGAAGCCAGUGAACCAGGCCCAGACAGUGCAUACUUCAUUUGUUGCAGCUCCAAAAACCAAAACAAGCGUAGAAUCUGUGAAAGUCUGUCUUCACAAGACCCCAGAAGAUAAAAACACAGUGGUUUGGGGAUCUGGAGACAAGCUGGUAAAGCAUACUUUGAAUCAUAACAAAGGAUUGCAAGAUGGAGAGGGAAGCUGGCCUCCUCAAGCAGUUCUAGACGCCAUUCAACAGCAAAAGCAAUUACUUGGUGUUUAUGGCACUCCGUCACUUGGCACAAAAGAAGACUUUACAGCACAGAAGGCAACUACCGAUGGACCAGUGUGGGCCAAUUCCAGUCCUGCCAAAUGCAUGAAAAGAAAGCCUUGGUCAGAGAGCUCUCCUCCAGAUAUUUGCAUGGAUCAAACUGCAUCACUGGUGGGAGGAGAACGACCCAUACAAAACAGCUCCUAUUCCCCUCACAUGUCUUCUCCUGAUGCCUGGCAAGAUGAAACCACCAUUCUUGAUGCAUCUUCACACAAGCGGAGGCGAGAGUCUGAACUUAGUGCAGAGAACACAGAAACUAUGGGUGAGAAUACCUCAGUGCUUAUUGGAGACCUCUCCAGGACUCUAGAGGAAUAUGGAAAAGUGGAGAAAAGGCUGGCAAACCUGGCAUCUGAGGAUAACAGCCGGCAGAAAGUUCUGAGUGAGCAACUUGGCAAAAUUCGAUUGGAGCUUUUGAAUAUCCACCAUGCUUUAGAGAAGGCAUCAUAUCCGCAUGAAGGACCACUAGAUCUUUCCAUUAAAAGAUCAGAGGACAUGGGAAAAGAAGAAGGAGUUAAGGUCCCACCAGGAGAUGACCCACUAACACCCCCACCCACAGAAUGUUCAUCCAGGCAGCUGGUUAAAGUUGAACUAUUGUCCCCAGAGUUAGUCACCUGCUAUGCCCGUCCAACCAAAUGUGAGGCAGACUCUAGUGUUCUGGUUUGUCCCGAAGGCAGGGGAGGAUGUGCUAGUGUUACACAACCUCUUGUUUCUAUCCAGGAAGAAGGUUUGGGGUUUGGGAGGGGGCGUCAGCAGUUGGAAAGCGUUUGAACAUUUAGAAUAUCUGCAGCUUGGAAUAUUCUUCAUAUUCACACUCAAACCAUCAAUUUUAAAAAGUAUACCUUUAACGCAAAGUUUUCUGAAGCACAUUGCAAACCAUUUGCACUGGUUCCGUAAACUCAAAAAGACAUUUCACUGUAAACUCAUAAAGACAUUUCACUGUGAAGGACAAGCAGACUAUUUCUGGUGCAGGACAUCACAUUGCAAUUCAUAGUCAAAGUUCUACAGACUUCCUUGCAGUUAGUUCUUACGUGUGCCUAAAAGGGUAUCAUCAAUCUAUGCUACUGCUAGAAACCUCUAUUACCAGUCCUAGUUAUCGGUGGCAAAUCACACUUAUAAGUCUAACAUUGCAGAAUCUCGACGGGGAUUCUAGACAAAGUCCACUAGUUGUAGAAUGCAUCCAAAAGGAUACAGUUUUGUUUAUCCAAUGCGACACUCAGAGUGUAGGCUUUGAAGUACAAUUUCCACACCAGAAACAGUUAUGUCAUUAGCACUGUUAAUAUGAUUUUAUGUUACAGUUUAUUCACCUCUUUAAACACCAAUACAUUGUUUUCUGACAUUUAAUGUUCAGUUUAAGAAUAAAAGCCAAC